UUUCCGUCAAACCCCACCGCCUCCUCUUCGAAACGGAGUUUGAACUGCGAACGCCGUUUUUGCGGCGUCGGGGUGGUGAAAGCUUCUGCCACAACGGCGGAGCCGGAGGUGGCCCGUGAUCGCACCGCCGGUGAUGAAGGUAGGAGGGUUUUGAGAGUCGGACUCAUCUGCGGCGGCCCUUCCGCCGAGCGCGGAAUUUCGCUCAAUUAUGCCCGCUCUGUGCUCGAUCAUAUUCAGGGGGAUGAUUUGCAUGCCAGCGCAUAUUACAUUGACUGCAAUCUCAAACCCUACGCCAUAUCCUCUGCUCAGGUUUACUCGAACACACCUGCAGAUUUUGAUUUCAAACUCGAAAGCCUCGCUCAAGGUUUCGAAUCAUUGUCUGAUUUUGUCGAACACCUUGCCACCUCCGUGGACAUAGUAUUUCCGGUUAUACAUGGCCGUUUCGGUGAAGACGGUGGCAUUCAAUUUGGGAAAUUUCAGGGAAGUGAAUCGGAAGAAACUGAGCUGUCAACGUGGUUCGUCACAAAUAAUAUAGAUGUCGAACAAGGAAAAGUUGUGGUGAAGCCAACAAGAGCAGGAUCAAGCAUCGGAGUUACCGUUGCUUAUGGCGUUACCGAUUCUCUGACAAAAGCUAAUGCAAUUAUAUCAGAGGGAAUUGAUGAUAAAGUUAUUGUAGAGAUUUUUCUGGAAGGAGGUAGAGAAUUUACAACGAUCGUGCUAGAUGUGGGUUCUGGUUUCGAUUGCCAGCCAGUUGCUCUACUCCCGACAGAGGUAUAUGCUCUCGUCUCUUAUCAUGCUAAGAGUAUAUCUUCGAGUAUCUGGAUAUUUAUUUAAUUG